AUAUACUAGAAAAAAAUUGUGAAAAAGAAAAAAUCUUCUUCAAGCACCUAUUUCCUGGCAAUUGAAAAAAUAUACUUUGGCAGCUUAAUUCAAUGCAAUUUCCGCUAAAUGGUCAAUUUUAUAAUUUUGCCAAACAACACCUUUAAUUCAGGUAGAUGUAGAAAGUCGAUUUCUGUAAUUUUUAACGAUUGAUAUAAAAACGAACAAUGAAAAUGGUGCAACGUUUAUUUUUAUGUGCGACAUCCUUAUUGUUUCAAUUAUAGGGAAUUUUGCGUUAUUCUGUAUAACUAAAUGCUAUCGUUGAACAAAUGAAUAUAAUAUUGGAAUUUCAUAAAGCAUAGGAAUGCUGAUAAUUGAUUUGCAUGUUCUACACUUGAUUACAUACCUACAUUGUAAACUAAAACAAAAAAUCCAGCUCUUUUCGAAUCAUUUUCUUUUCAUCUUCUCAUUUUUUUAACGAAAAAGUAGCAAGAUGUCGUCACUUAAUGAACAUCCAUUGUCAUCCAAACUAAAUGCGUAUGCCAAAUUUUAUCUCAAUCAGUUAAGGAUAACUGCUUUUAAAUUAAGUUGCAAGAUUUGACCCGAACAUACCUACAUUGCAAAGUAAAUAAAACCAUUUAAUUUAAUAAAAAAGGGGAACUUCCAAUAUGAAACAAUAAAUUAAGUUCAAAAUAAAUAUUGAAAGAACACAGUAUAUGUACGGAAUAUAUAGAUAAAUAAUAUCGGUUACAGCUUUAUUAUUUGAGUUUCAUUAAAUCAAUAAUGUUUCACUUCUGCUUAAAGCUAUUUCACAAUUUACGAAGAGACGCCGUCAAUGGCUUUCUGCACUGAAACAGUUUCAAUUGAAUCAGCAAAAAAGCACUAUGCUUUUGGACAGGUUAAUUUCAUUUGCUAAAAGAUGGGAGGAUCCCAAGUCACCUUUACUGGGUCCGAAUUUAAAAGCUCUUCAUUUGUUUGGUCUCUGGAAAACAGAUAUUCGGGUAAGAAGUACAUUGCUGAUUAUCGUAGUGGUUUUUGUUAUCACACAAAUUAUAGAUUUGUACUUGUCCAGAGAAGACAUUAAUAAGGCGCUUUGUAAUUUUUCUUUGACAACGUUAAGCGUGAUAUGUAUCGCCAAAAGUUACUCACUUAUCGUACACCCAGUGCUUUGGAAAAAACUAGUUGAAAAUAUCUCACAGGAGGAAGCGACUCAAAUUAAAAAACAAAACCCGGAAACAUUAAGUGUUAUUGGUAAUUACACGAGAUACUCUCGAUUUAUAUCGUACACCUAUUGGAUAAUGGUUGCGAUGACUAAUUUUGCUCUUAUUGUAGCACCACUGAUAAGAUACCUAACGGUAUUAAAAUAUAGAGAAGAUAUAGCAAAUGGUAUAGAAAGAUAUCCGCACAUCAUAAAUUCAUGGUUCCCUUUCGAUGACAACGCGAUGCCAGGAUAUGUUUACGCUUCUGCAAUUCAAAUUAUAAUGUCAAUAGUCGGAUCUGGUUCAUUAGCUGCAUAUGAUACAACAGCGUUUGCUAUAAUGAUUUUUAUGAAAGGCCAAUUGAUAAUUCUAAAAAAUAAUUGCAAAGAGCUAUUCCGAUGGGAAACAAAAGAAAAUAAUAUCGAAUUUUUCGCUAAGAUCAAGGAAUGCCAUAGACACCAUGAUUUUCUGAAGAGGUAAGUUAUUUAAGUAAAUAAUUGCUAGAUUAAAAUGAGUCCAGCAAUAUUAUUAAACAACAAGACAAAUCGCGAACGGUCUUGUUUUAAAAUUGCCAAAUAAAUUUUAAGUCGAAAGAAAUUAUUAUUCCGCUGGUAAUGAAAAUAUAUUUAAUAAUUAAUAAUAAUUGUGACAAUUAACAUCAUCGGCAAACCUUACUUUUAAAUGAUUUGAGUUUAAUUUACAAGACUAUAAAAUACGUGUACUUGUAAUUUGGGAAUGAAGGCUACGUACACAUAACUGCGAAUUCGCGUCGCAUCGCAAAUAUCUGCGAGCUCGUACGAAUACACCGCAAGAACUUCAGAUCAGUAGUGCAAUUCUGUAAAACCCAUAAACUCAUCUCACUGUGUGAAACGGAUCCGCUUUUGAAUCUCUUUAUGUUUCGCUUCAUGGAAUUUUCGCAUUCUGUAACCAAUUGUACAAGCAAGUGAAGCGAGAUGUCAUUUAUAUCCUAAGUGAUUUGUAGUGUUACCAUUUUUAAAGUUUUUGGUAAAUCGAGAUAUAUCGACUUAGUUAUUAUGCGUGAAAAAAAGCACGUAAAUUUAUUCUUUAGAUAUAUUUGUAGAUAUGAGGCUCAAGUUUAAAGUUUUAAUGAAUAUAAACUUAAAAUAGUCUUAUUUUUAAAGUUUGGUAACUUGGCCGAAUGAGGGCUUACUCUAUGCGCAUCUCUGUAAUCGAGUGAGAAUCGACGCUAGCGCUACUAAGUGAGAGUGGCGGUUUAGAAAACUAUCACAGGUGAGACCAUAUCAUACCUAAAU